CUCUAAUUGAAUUUAGUGUACGGUUUAAUGUAGCUUCAAGCUUCUAAGCUGUUACAACAUUCAACUCCCAAGUUUUCUGCAGCGCACAGUUGAUCUCAGGGGACUAAAGAAGCCAUGCCGCGUCUACUUUCUGCGGCCAUGGCUCUGCGCCGCGAUCCGCGGUUGCUGAAGCUCCCGCCAUAUCUGUCCCUACUGUGUAUCGUCGUCGGCGUCGUAUGGCUACUCAUGUUACCCCUCGACGAAUACUCGCGCCGCACCUAUAUCAGCGAGAACGCCUUGUUACCUGGCCAAGUCCAUACUUAUUUUGGCGGCAGCGACCAGAACGUAUUCCGUGCUUACAAGCACGAGAUCAACGCCUUAGAGAAUAGCACCAACACCCGAGUAAACGACGACCUCGAGACUAUAUUCAAGGGCCUCGGCCUUAAGGUCGGGCGACAGAAUUAUACAUACCAUUCGUCGGGGAAAACGUAUGCUGGAGAAAACGUGUAUGCUAUCUUACAAGCCCCCCGUGGUGACGCUACGGAGGCCAUAGUACUGGUUGCUGCUUGGAAGAACGUCGACGAGGAGUUCAACCGCAACGGUCUCGCAUUGGCUCUGGCCCUUACACGAUACUUCAAGCGCUGGUCGCUAUGGUCCAAGGAUAUCAUAUUAGUAGUACCGCCCGACAGCAAGGCGGGUAUGCAAGCUUGGGUCGACGCGUACCACGAUGCUCACGAUCCGUCGCAUGUCGCCCCUCUACCCAUCAAGUCAGGCGCGCUGCAGGGCGCCAUCGCGCUCGAUUAUGCGCAAGAGGGACGCUUCGAGUCGAUUUCCAUCGCCUACGACGGCGUCAACGGACAGCUGCCCAACCUAGACUUGAUCAACUCCGUCGUUAACAUCGCGAGCGGGCAGAUGGGCAUGGGCUGCGCGCUUCAGGGGAUCUUGAAGCACUCGCAGAAGUACGACGAUAAUCUCGCUACGGUGGUCCGAGGCAUGCUCAAUCAGGCGCUGGGACAUGCCACAGGCCCGCACAGUAGCUUUAUCCCGUACCACGUCGACGCCGUCACCCUGAAGCCCGUGGGCAACGGCUGGCACGACGAGAUGGGACUUGGGCGCCUGAUCGAGGGGUUGUUCCGCAGUCUGAACAAUCUGCUCGAGAAGCUGCACCAGAGUUUCUUCUUCUACUUGCUUAUCCAUAAGCACCGCUUCGUCAGCAUUGGCACGUAUCUGCCUAGUGCCAUGCUGGUCGCUGCGAAUUUUACCAUCACGGCUAUUGCGUCGUGGGUCAAGAGCGGGUACAGAGAGGUUGAUGCACCGAAAGGCGAGCAGGAGAAGAAGCCCGAGAUAGGAGAGGCUAAAGAGGACGAGGGUGUUAAGGAGGUCAAGGCAGAUACGAAGCGGGUUUCGGUACCGGUUGAGCGAGAAAUUCUUCUUCCGCUUACGCUUGUAGCCGGAUGUCAAUUCCUAGCCGUCAUUCCCCUGUUUGCCUUUAACCAGACGCCUUCCAGCCUUAUCACUCCGAUGUUCAUCCUCUUCGCCGUCGUCAACGCCGGUCUCCCACACCUCGCCUCGUAUUUCCUAACAAACGGCAUCCGCAAACCGCCUACGGCCCAACAGUACCUGCUCAUCCGGUCGUUUUCAUUGCUGCUAUUAGGAAUGUUCCUCUCGUCCCUCGCCACGCUCAACUUCUCGCUCGCCUUCCUCAUCGGCGUCCUAUCUAGCCCGUUAUCAUUUUCCCGCCCGUGGCCCUCUUCUUCCCCUUCCUCUUCUUCUUCUUCCGACAAGGGCAAGGGUAUAAACGCAGCGGUCCUCCGGUACACGCACUCGGCGCUCCUGCACGUCCUGGCGCCCCCCGCCGUCCUGCUCGCGGGCAGCGCGCUCGCCGGCGUCGGGAUCCAGCACGUGCUCGAGGAGGCGGCGUUCGGCUGGCACGUCUGGGGCGUGUACACGCCGCUGCUCGUCUGGGGCGUCUGGUGGCCCGCCUGGCUGGUCGGGCAGAUAGUGGUGCUCGGGCAGCCGAGAGAGGAGAAGGAGGAGGCUGUGGUGGGCGAGAAGAAGAAAAAUGCGUGAUUUUUUUGGCUUGUUACUUGUGAGGAAGGAAGGAAGUGGUGCUUUUGCUGCGACUGCUGCGCCGGCGUGCUAUGUCUAGACUUACCAUGUCUAUCUACUUGAACUUACCUACCUGGUCGUUACCUAAUCAUCCGGUAGGUAGGUAUAUAGUUUGGUCUUCAUAACAAGACCGGUGGGAAGGGUUAUGACCCAACUUAAGCAAAAUCGAAUAAUAUGUCCUGAAACACACCCAAGGGGUUUAGGACUGGCAUUGCUAGACAGAAUAGGUAGGCAGCGAUAUCAUAUGAAAUACAUUUCAACCCUA